AUAUCUUCAUCCUCAGCCAAGGAGUGGUGGCGGACUUGAAGGCCGACAGAGAAGCUCUUCUAGAGUUUGCAUCUGCGGUGGGCGACAACAGCUUUGAGGGCUCCAUUCCGGCGUCACUGUCGAGGUUUCCUCAUUCGUCCUUUGCGGGGAAUGCUUUACUAAUGAAUCAGCCGUGCCGCCCUCGCCGCCUUCUGAAGUCAAAGAAAAAGAAAGACAAAAAGAAAGUUGAGUUGGAAAUUGCUGUUGGAAGUAUAUGUGCUCUAGCUGUCGUUAUUUGUGCAAUACUACUACUAAUUCGGAGUUACCUUCGACAUAAAGAUGGUAAAGAUAUCUGCUGGGGCGACUAGGAAUGCUGCGGUUUCAUGUGUUCCCGGCCUGUAGCUUCACGUCCGUAGGUGGCCGCCGCCGGGAUUCCUUCACUAGUAAAAGAUGGGCAACAAAUUUGUGGGAGAAUUGAAUUAGAAAAUCCAAUUAAGCUGAUCGAGUCCAUCUUUCUUCUUUUUUUUUUUUAUUGUAUUCAGGUCAAUCCUGUUUACCUUUACUCAUUUCGUUUAAUUUCUCUUACUGUUUAAAGUUUUGUUAUUUGUACGAAGAAAUAUCCAUGUUCUAUUCCUUGCAAAAAAAAAACAUGUUCUAUUAUGCGACUCCCUGGGUGUUGAAUAUGUUGUUUUGUUGAUGACUAACCAUGCUG